AUGACGAACGACGACUGUGAAGUAUCAAUAGCUGAACGAUUUAUGGUGCCGUUAGGUUUUGUGACGGUCUUUGCCGUAACACGAGAGAACCAAUACAACCCUCAAUUGGUCACAGUCGAAAAUAUUACCGAAUCAUACUAUGUCAAGUCUCUCCCAAAUAAGUUCAUCUUACAUGGUUUCAACAGUAAUAUGAUGCUAGACAUACUUCAAUCCAUAAAAGACGAAUACCUAAUGCAGGCAGACGUCAACGUCUGGAUGAUCGAUUACCGCGACGUCGCGGCCGGGCCCCGUGAGUGUUAUUUCGCUGCGGUGUUCAACCUGCCGGCGGUGGGGAAGUGCAGUGCCCAGUUCGUGCGUAAAAUCAUUGAGCUGUCCGAGGUGGAAUUGCCCGAAGAGGUGAUGCACGUGAUUGGGUUCAGUCUAGGUGGCCAAUUAGCCAGUCAGAUAUCCAAAAACCUUAAGCCCAUCAAGUUGCCGAGAAUCACGGGACUGGAUCCGGCCUUGCCGUUGUUCUACAGCUCACACCUUAACAGAAGACUGAGUCGCAACGAUGCAGAUUUUGUGGAUGUGAUACACACGAACGCAAUGAUCCAGGGCCAGUUGGCGCCAUGCGGUGACGUAGACUUUUAUGUCAAUGGUGGAUUAGCACAACCGGGCUGCCACAACAGUUCAA